CUCCUCUCCUCUCAAUCCAUCCCCAGCAUUGCCUCCCUCUUCCCGGAGCCGGCCGGCCUCCCAUGGCCAUCUGCUCCCCGGCCAGAUUGACGAAGCAAAGGGGCUGAGCCGAGAAACCAAGAGCUGGAACUGGAGGAAGAGGAAGAAGCGUCGAGCGGGGUAGUACCACGAGUACUACUCCACGGAGGGUUUCUCACCAACCAGGGGAUGUCAAGAGGUUGCUGAGGAAUAAAGAUGACGACAGGCGAAAUCCUGAGGGCAGAGUUAUCUUCCAGGACACCACCGUUUGGACUGAGGCUAUGGAUUGUGAUUGGCAUCUGUAUUUGGGUGGUAAUCUUUUUUAUCCUAGGUUUCAUGUGCUUCUGGUCCAUAUAUCGGAGGAAGCCGAAGAAGUCUUUUGAUAACAUCCCGAUAUCUCAAAUUCCGGAUGUCUCCAAGGAGAUUGCAGUAGAUGAAGUGCGUGAGCAUGCUAUUGUUCAAAAUUUUCAUGUGCAAGAAAGCCAUGCGCUGGCAGUGCAGGAAAAACCUUAUGAAAAAGAUUCUGGGAAAAUGCUGGCACACUUGGUUAGGAGCAAAUCAAGUGAUGCCGAUAAUUUGAGCCAAUGCAGCUCGGCGUACCAAUGUGAAAGGGCUGGCAGUUCAUAUUCUGGCGAUGAAGGCAGCUCAGGCAAUGCUAGGAGGCAGUAUUCUCAAUAUGCAACUGUCUCUGCAUCACCAUUGGUUGGUCUCCCGGAGUUUUCACAUCUAGGCUGGGGUCACUGGUUUACCUUGAGAGAUUUGGAGCACGCAACAAAUCGUUUUUCUAAGGAAAAUGUCAUCGGAGAAGGUGGAUAUGGAAUAGUUUACCGUGGUCGCCUCAUAAAUGGGACUGAUGUUGCAAUAAAAAAGCUCCUCAAUAACAUGGGCCAGGCAGAAAAGGAGUUCAGGGUUGAAGUUGAGGCAAUUGGACACGUCAGGCAUAAGAAUCUUGUCCGCCUUCUAGGAUAUUGUGUUGAGGGAAUCCAUAGGAUGCUUGUGUAUGAGUAUGUGAAUAACGGGAACUUAGAACAGUGGAUUCAUGGUGCCAUGCGGCAACUUGGUGUUCUUACUUGGGAAGCCCGGAUGAAAGUCAUUCUUGGAAUUGCUAAAGCGCUUGCUUAUUUGCAUGAAGCCAUAGAACCAAAAGUUGUGCACCGUGAUAUUAAAUCGAGCAAUAUCUUAAUUGAUGAAGAAUUCAAUGGCAAGCUUUCUGAUUUUGGACUGGCUAAGCUCUUGGGCGCAGGGAAGAGCCAUAUCACAACUCGAGUUAUGGGAACCUUCGGGUAUGUGGCCCCUGAAUAUGCCAACACUGGUCUGCUAAAUGAGAAGAGCGAUGUCUACAGUUUUGGGGUGCUACUACUGGAAGCAGUGACUGGGAGGGAUCCAGUUGACUAUAGUCGGCCUGCUAAUGAGGUGCAUUUGGUGGAGUGGCUGAAAAUGAUGGUCGGCACAAGAAGAGCUGAGGAGGUAGUGGAUCCUGACAUGGAGUUGAAACCAGCCACUCGUGCUCUGAAGCGUGCUCUUCUGGUGGCACUGCGGUGUGUCGAUCCAGAUGCUGAGAAAAGACCCACCAUGGGUCAGGUUGUUCGGAUGCUCGAGGCCGAAGAUGUCCCAUCGCGGGAGGACCGCCGGAGCCGGAGGGGCCACAGCAGCAACGCAGACAACGAGUCCAAGGCAAGCUCAAGCGAGUUUGAGCAGCAGCAUGCGACUCCGCCUCCGCCGCCACCUGAACCUGUGGCGGGGCCUGGGGAGCUGAUGGGACUGUGCCGGGAGGGACGGGUGAAGGACGCCGUGGAGCUUCUCACCAAGGGGGCGCGCACCGACCCGCCCACCUUCUACGAGCUUGCAGCCGCCUGCUCUAACCGUAAGCUGCUCGACGAGCUCAGGAAGGUGCACGACUUCUUCCUCCGCUCGCCCUUCCGCGGCGACCUCCGGAUCAACAACAAGCUGCUCGAGAUGUAUGCCAAGUGUGCUGCCAUGCCCCACGCCCGCAGGACGUUCGACAAUAUGCCUGACCGCGACAUGGAGUCGUGGCACAUCAUGAUAGAUGGCUACUCGGUGAAUGGGCUUGGGGACGAGGCGCUGCGGCUGUUUGAGCUGAUGAAGGAAUGCAUGGCACCGACCAGCCAUACCUAUGUGCUUGUGCUCAAUGCUUGUGCCAACUCGGAGGCCAUUGAGGAGGCGUUCCUUUACUUUGAUGCCAUGUCCAGGGACCAUGGUAUGGAGCCUGGUGUGGAGCACUAUGUUGGGAUCAUUGAGGUCUUGGGGAAGUCAGGGCAUCUCAACGAGGCUAUGGAGUAUAUUGAGAAGCUGCCUUUCGAGCCCAGCGCCAUGGUGUGGGAGUCAGUCUUGAACCUGGCGCGUAUGAAUGGAGACAUUGAUCUUGAGGACCGAGCAGAGGAGUUGUUGGUGUCGCUUGAUCCAUCCAAGGCAAAUCCUAAGAAGCUCCCAACCCCACCUCCAAAGAGGCGUCUGGGGAUUAACAUGCUUGAUGGGAGGAACAAGCUGGCAGAGUACCGGCUGCCACCCAAGAUCGAAAAGAAGGUGGUCAAUGAGCAGAGGUACGUCCCGGAUACAAGGUAUGUGCUCCAUGACAUUGAUCAGGAGGCCAAGGAGCAGGCGUUGCUGUACCAUAGUGAGAGGCUGGCGAUUGCUUAUGGUCUGAUUAGCACCCCAGCGAGGACACCGCUUCGCAUCAUUAAGAACCUAAGGAUCUGCGGGGACUGCCAUAAUGCCAUCAAGAUCAUGUCAAGGAUCGUUGGGAGAGAGCUUAUUGUGAGGGACAAUAAGAGGUUCCAUCAUUUCAAGGAUGGAAAAUGCUCAUGUGGAGAUUAUUGGUGAAGAUGGAUGACCAUCAAAAUAUGGUGUGACAUUGAAGUCUUCUUCUCAUCAGGAUUGCUGCCAUCCUAUAUGAAUAUAUGCUGACAGCCAUGGUUUCAAUUCAUAAUAAGCAAUGUAAGGUAUCUGAUGUUGGUGUUAGCACUUUCUCAUCAUCUUAAAUAUACUUAGGAUAUGCUUAAGGUCCUUAGCUGGCACUUGUAUCCGUGCAAGAUUAUCACUUCUUGAUGCAGUAUUUGAUCCUGCAGUCCUUCUCUGUAUCAAUAUUAUUGUUUUUGUGGGAAACAUGUGCUAGUUUGGAGUAUAACUAUAUGGUUGUAAGAUCUUCAAUUCUUCUUCACUUUGGAUUGUAUAUUUUUGUGCACAACACUUCUUUCUUUU